GGUAAUCAGCCCGCCUCCUCCACGUCUGCCGCCCCGGACCACCAGGGACAUCCGCGGCUUGGACCGUCUGCCGCCUGCCAUCCUAACAUCAUGGAUGAACCGCAGAACAAUCCUGCCCGCCCGUCCUCAUCAAUCAUGCAUCAUGCUCGAUAUCCAAACUCUAACGCUUGCCUUACCGGGCACCGCUGUAAAGUGCUGUCGACAGUGUCCCAGGAACACUCAGCCACAGCCGUAUAAACAAAGAAUUCUGCGAGACCCGAACCACAUUGUCCCGGAAUAGGGAUGAGACGCAAUUACAUUCAGCAUUCCUCGAGACGCCGGGUCAACAGCAUCAUUGAUGACAACAUUUCUCUCCACGCACCGGACCGAUCAGCCAAUCUCGCCCGGGCGGAGUCGACCCGUCUACUCUCCCUUGGGCCAUCACAGGAUCUGAGAAAAGGGAAGCCGAUCUUCAGGCACUGGCCGCUGCCCGCUGGAACGCAACGGCCUCAGCGUCUGUGGUCACUGGUCGCUUGUUUCCUUCUUUCAUGGCAUUAUAUCAGCGCUCCCAUCGGCUGGCAUGGAUGCAUGGCACCCAAUCCCCGCCGUCCGUUUGC